GGUACUUAUAAAUAUGAAUGAAAUUCAUCAGAAACUCUUAUAAUUACUGGUAUCUAUUUUAAAUAUUGCUUAUUUAAACAACAUAUAUGUAUUAGAAUACAUAUAACAAUCAUAAAAUAUAGAUAAAGAAUAUAACAAUAGUUUAAAAAAUAUCCAAGAUGACAGAACUAUAACAUAUUGAGAGUGGGAGACUCCAUGAAUAACGAAGUAUGGCCGCAGAGAACUGUACUCUGUGCUAUGGCGACUUAUAAUGUGAAUUGUUUUCAAUUUUCAUUGUAUAAAUAGUGCGACUUAAACCGCAGGAUAUUAAAUUGGCAUUAAAAUUAAGUGUUUUUAUCUACUAGUUAAGGAAAUCGAUUGAAGGAACAAUGAAUUACAAUCAUUCAAGUGCACGUCGAGGGAAAGCUAAGAGAUUACUCGAUCCAUCUGCUGGUUUAUCUGCUCCAACGUCUUCGCCUCAAAGCCAAUAUAUCUAUAAUCAACAGGUUCCUAUGAACAAUGGUAUGAUACCUGAAUAUGGUUUCAAUGUGCCGCAACAACAGCCACCUCCAUAUGGAUUCAGUACAGUGCCAAUGCAAAGCUAUCCACCUAGUGAAAAUCAUGGAGAUGAAUAUGCAACAACACAAUUUACAACGCAAUUAUUGGCAGAACCGAUAGUCACAAAUGUAGCUAUGCAAUAUGGCAAUGCUUUGGUGGGAUAUGGAAGCCAAAAAUUUGAAAAAUAUGUGCCUGUCACAGCUUUGAAGUAUUACUUUGCCGUUGACACAAAUUAUGUUAUGACGAAACUGUCUUUGUUGUUCUUCCCAUUCCUCCAUAAAGAUUGGUCCGUCAGGUAUGAACAAGAUAUACCAUUGCAACCACGUUUUGAGAGAAAUGCCUUGGAUAUGUAUAUUCCAACUAUGGCCUUUGUGACAUAUAUAGUUAUAGCUUCGUUAAUCUUAGGAAUUCAGGAACGAUUUUCUCCAUUAGGUACUUUAGCCAGUUCCGCUCUUGCGUGGAAUAUUAUAGAAAUUCUAAUACAGGCUAUAAGUCUGUAUAUCAUGCACCUUGAAACGAGUCUCUCAACGUUAGAUUUAUUUGCUUAUUGUGGCUAUAAAUACGUCGGAAUUAACGCAGCUCUAUUGUCUUGGUUACUGUUUCGGAAAUUUGGUUAUUAUAUGUCUUUAUUGUACUGUAGUAUUUCUUUAGCAUUUUUUGUUAUUCGUUCAUUAAAGUUAAGAGUCCUUCCACGGAAUAACAGCGCAUACACGGCAUCUGGUAACAAAAGGAGACUUUAUUUUAUACUCUUUGUAGCAGGUACCCAACCUGUAUUAAUGUGGUGUUUAUCGAAUCAUUUGAUUUAAUUGGUAACCAUAUGCAAUAACUGGAAAGAUGGUUUGAGAUACAAAAUGUGUAUAUUUAUUUGAUUCUUCAUGUCACCUAUGCAUUUUUGUAAUAAAAAAUUCUUUAAAAAUGUUAGUAAUAAUUAAAAAAUCCUAUUAUUUUUAAUAGCAUUUUAAUUCUUUUUAUAUUCGAUUCAAGUAUUUAAAAAAAAUACAUAUUAAUAUUGUAUUUACAGAAAAAGUAUGCAAAGUUAUCAGAUUUGUACAAAAAUUACCGAGUUUUAUUUAAUAAAAUAAUAUUUGUUCUUAAGUUCGUUCAUACGAAAUUAAAUUUUCUGUAUUUUAAAUUUUGUAACAUGAUAAUGUAUAGUAAACGAUAAUAUUAAAGAUAUUUUUUGCAAUA